AUGGAGAAGGUCCACGAGCUGCCGUCUGAGACGACGCAGAUCUCCGACCUCAAAGACAUGGCCGCCAGCGAGAUGGCCACCGACGGCAAGGACAUUGACUUGGGCCAGAUCCUACAGGUUGAGACCUCGCCGGAAUUGGAACGAAGGGUUCUCAUGAAGAUCGACUAUAUUAUGAUCCCCCUCAUGGGCGUUUGUUAUAUGCUGCAAUUUAUGGACAAGCUCGCUUUGAGCCAGGCCACUCUAUUCGGCAUCCGUCAAGACUUGCACCUCCAUGGCACGCAAUAUGCGUGGGCAUCCGCUGUAUUCUACUUUGGUUACUUGCUCUGGAGUUGGCCAACCACAUACCUGAUCGUCCGAUUGCCCUUGGGAAAAUAUUUGUCUGCCUCGGUCUUUAUCUGGGGAGGUGUUCUCAUGUGCCAUGCGGCAUGCAAGAACUUUGGUGGCUUGAUGGCUGCCCGAUUCUUCCUCGGAGUGGGUGAAGCUGCCAUUGCUCCAGGUUUUGCCUUGCUCAUCGGCAUGUUUUAUAAGAGAGAGGAGCAGCCAAUGAGACAAGCAGCCUGGUGGGUCGGAAACUGUGUCGCCAACGCAAUCGGCGGUUUCACCGGUUACGGCAUUGGUCACAUCCACACGUCCAAUAUUGUCCCCUGGCAAUACAUCUUUUUGAUUCUCGGAGCCGUGACUUCAGCCUACGCAUUCGUUCUUGUUCUCUUCCUCCCAGAUUCCCCGUCCAACGCCAAGUUUUUGACUGCCCAAGAACGAAAGAUCGCCAUUCACCGCACAUUGGAAAACAAGACCGGUAUUUUGGAUGCUGGAAAGUUUCAUGGCAAGCAAGUUUUGCUUGCAUUGAAGGAUCCCCAGGCAUGGCUCCUGGUUUCUUAUACCUUCUGCGUAAACUUGUGUAAUGGAGGUAUCACCACUUUCUCCGCCAUCAUCGCCACAGGUUUCGGCUACCCCGCAUUCAAGAUCCUCCUCAUCUCCAUGCCUUCCGGUGUCGCCCAGCUCAUCUUCCUUUUCUUAACGUCUGGCUUCGCCACCUACGUGAAAUCCACACGUAUCAUCAUGAUGAUUGUCAACUGCCUCGUCUCCAUGGUUGGAUACCUUCUCGUUUACCGCCUUAGCAACGACGCUCGAGUCGCCAAGAUGACUGGUCUCUGUCUCGGUGCAGUCUUUGCUGCCAACAUUCCCCUGUCGCUGAGUUUGAUUACUUCGAAUGUGGGCGGUAUGACCAAGAAGAGUACCGUUAGCGCCAUGCUGUUCAUUGCUUACUGUCUUGGUAACAUCGUCGGACCUCAAUUCUACUUGGCGUCUGAGGAGCCUACUUAUGAUACUGGUAUGCGAUCUGCUAUUGUUGGCCUGUGUCUAGGUAUUGGCUCUCUUAUGGGUCUGUACGUUUACUAUUCUUGGGAGAACAAACGACGAGACCGACUAUAUGGAUCUCCUGAUACAUUGACCGCUGAUCAGGAGUUGCAGUUGGAGCUCCUCAACGUGACUGACCAGGAGAACAAGUCUUUCCGCUACGUUCUGUAA